AUGGCAGACCUCCGUUCCGAGAAGUGGAUCCUUGUGAAACGGGAGGGCCAUGUUGCGGUCUUCAGAGCCGGAAACGAGUCGCAAGCGAUCCCGCCGCAAGGUCUCUACGUCCCGGUGGAGGCCGACUUGAUGCGAGGCGACAAGGAGAUCGCGGAUGCGUGCAAGGGCUACGACAAGGUGCACUUGUGCCGGGACUUCGACGGCGAGCGGUUUCAUGAUCGAAUUGCUGAGCUAGGCGCAGAGAAGGUGGGUCGCACCCUGUGGAGAUGGCUGAGGGCUGCGGCGGCGAAGCCUGCGAAGGUCUUGAAGGAGUUCGGUUCGGAGUCUGAGACAGAAGAGUAUGAUGAGCGGGGCUCAAUCGACCUGUGCCCGAAGCAUGCCCUUGACUACGAGGGCCGCAGGGCACAGAAGUGCUACCAGAGUCAGUGCAACCAGGUCAGCGAGUACCUCACUACAGAGUUCGGGGAGUUCGCUGAGUGUCUUGGGUCCUUUGAGCGCUGCUUUGAGGCCCAGGAGGACGGUGCCGAGCGAGGUGGUGUCGAGGAGAUCAACGAGGACGGGCUCUGGAAGGACAAGGAAGAUGCUGCUUACGUGCAGAUCGACGCCCAGCCGGUCCGACCUUUCAGCGGCGACAUCGGGGCCCACGUCGACGAAUGGAUCGAGGAGAACAUCUGUGGUUACCACGCGGAGAGCACCUCCAAGCAGUACAAUAUCAGAAGUGGAAGGCCAACGAAGACAAGCUGCUGGGAUUCUUGGGAUACCUUGGAUGGCUUGGAGCGUCGUUUGCCAGUCACGCCGAACAUGUUGACAUGGGUGGCGCAGCGGAUGGGCCCCCACCUCGCGGCUACGGCGGAGAAAGCUUUCGACGCCACCAUGGUGCUCACAGCGCUCAACACGGCUUGGUUCUUCAUGUUGAGGGCGAAGGAGUACUGCAAAUCGAAUGGCAUGGACUACGGGAUGGUGCUGAGAGGCGCGAAUCUGAGCUCAGCGAGGACGGAUCUGGAGGAUUACGCGACCCUCCAGUUUCGCAAAACCAAGACCGACCAGGAGGCCUUCGGACGUGCAAGACCGUGUAUAGGUCUGGUGUUGCAGGACUAUGUGUGGCCUCCGCGCUUCGGGCAUUUCGUAGCAGUUGCUCCUCAGCGCUUCGGCGCUGGCCCAGAGGCUCUGAAGCCGCUUUUCCGAUGGGCGAAUAGUCAAAUGCUUCGCAGGACCCAGGUCCAGCACUUGCUGCAGCGAGCAGCAGCCGGGGUGGGGUUGCCACCGGAACGCUUCAUGUCCCACUCGCUCCGCACCUGGGGCUUCAGCUUUGUUCCGGGCUAG